UUCAUCCCAGGCUUGUUCUCCAUCUACCCUCCACUGCUCAGUUUGCACAGUAGCGGCCAGGCUGCUGAGCGCAACACACGUCCAGAUCCGCAGCAACAUAAGCGCAAGAAGGUUUCUGCCGCAAAGCCAGGGAAGUUAGAAGAUCGCAGGUAAACACAGCACCUUUCCUCUGAACCUGGGUCGAAAUGUUGGGGUUCUGCGUGUGUCUGUGUGCGGUUUUAACGCAGGUUCUGUCUCAGGAGCCUGAGGAGCCCGUUACAGUCUCAUGCACAGAAGGCUACACAUAUGACACAGUAAGAGAGCAGUGCAGAGACAUCGAUGAGUGCAAACUUCUAGAAGAUGCAUGCAAAGGAGGGAUGCAAUGUGUCAACCACUAUGGUGGGUAUCUCUGCCUUCCUAAGAGUGCCAUCAUCUACGUUACCAAUGAGGUGGACCCACCUCCACCGCCCGAGCAGGUCCCCCAGGUUCCUGUUGUCCCACCAAACCAGCCUCAUCACAACCGGCAUCUGGUUGGCUCUAUUGGCACUCAGGUCAGCCAGACCAUUCGGUGUUCUUCAGGCUUCAGUGCUGAUGACCAGAACAUCUGCAGAGACAUAGAUGAAUGUGCAACAGGCAUUCACAGUUGUGGGCCUGGACAGACCUGCUACAACACUAGAGGCUCCUUCACGUGCCAGUGUCCUCCCGGCUACCUUAGGAAUGGGGAAAGCUGUGUCGACAGAGACGAGUGUGCCAUGAACCAUUACUGCAUGCACAGAUGUGUGAAUACCCAGGGCUCAUACUCUUGUGAAUGCAAUCCUGGUUACAAAUUAGCCCACAACAACUAUUCAUGUAUUGACAUAAAUGAAUGUGAAGUGGAAAGUCCAUGUGAUCAACAUUGCUACAACUUAAUAGGCUCUUACAUGUGUCAAUGUGAUCACGGCUACGAGCUGGCUCCAGACAAGGUCACCUGCCAAGACAUUGAUGAAUGCAGCCUGUCCAGCUACAUGUGUCAGUUCCAGUGCGUUAACAACCCUGGAAGUUUCACUUGUGAGUGCCCACCAGGAUAUCAGCUCCAAGGGAACCGGUUGUGUCAAGACAUUAAUGAGUGUGAGAUGGGGACCCACAACUGCCAAGAUGAUGAAAUGUGCUGGAACUAUUACGGACACUUUCGCUGUUAUCCCAGAAACCCCUGCGAGCCACUGUACACCCUGACCUCUGAAAAUCGCUGUAUCUGUCGAUCUCCAACUGAGUGUCAGGGUCUCCCUCCCUCAAUAGUCUACAAAUACAUGAGCAUCCCAGCUGACCGAACUGUACCAGCAGACAUUUUCCAGAUUCAAGCCACCACUGUGUACACCAACACACAGAACACUUUCAGGAUUAAAUCUGGGAAUGAGGGAGGACAUUUUUUCCUUCGGCGUUCCAGCAAUGUGAGUGCCAUGCUGGUGCUUACCAAGCCCUUGACAGGGCCCAGGGAGUAUGUGGUGGAUCUGGAGAUGAUCACUCACCAUCUGACCAUGAACUUCCGUAGCACCUCUCUGCUGCGGCUCACGAUCAUAGUGGGAGCUUUCCCCUUCUGAGAUUCAGAGGUCCCAAAAGCCCCCAUAAGUCUGGUUUCAGCAAACAUAGCAAAAGCCUGUAUCAGCGUAUUCUACUUUCUCACUCUCAGUACAUGCAUAUAGCUUAACAUGCCUCACAUUUAAUUACCAACAAAAGCAGGUCUUAUAUGGUUUCUCAGAUCACACUGCAAACACCCUUGCCUCUUAUUCCAGUCGGGAUUGCCUUAGCCUUUAAUACUUGCAUUUUUUAUUCCUUUAAAGUUAUUUCUAUACUUUCAACAGUUUUUUUUGCAAAAGGAAGAGACCUACUGGACACACUAGCUAAAUUAUAUUUGAAUUCAGCGACACCUAUUGUACAUCUAUCCCUUAAUUCCAUUUGUAGUAAGUAAGUAGAGCUGUUUGUAGUAACUGAUUUAACCAUCUGUAGUUUAAGAAAUCCACAUUUAAUAUCAGAUACCCAACAUUUACAGCUUUUUAUGCAACAGUAAUCUGCAGUUUAUACAUCCAUGCUUCUGGUGAUAAAUGUUAGGAGUUCAGGGGAUACAUUUCUAUAUAGUUUGCCUCAUAUGUGACACAUUUCAGAGAAAUCCAGGAACAAUUCAAAUGUGUAGAGCAGGUAGUUACCCAGUGAGUUGAGAGAGUUGUGGACUUUCUAUUAGAACAAGCCUGAAGCUUGUAUACUGGACUCAAAUUAGUAAUGACAUGUAUAUAGAUAGGUGAAAAAGCAAAAAAAAACAUCCUUGUUUGUACAUGUAUCUUAAUAAAUGCGUGUGCGUGUGUGCAACUAGCUUUGUUUAUGCAUGCAUGCAGAUGGAAGUGUGAAACUCAGUAGGAGAGAAAGGGAAAGAAUGAGAAAGUGCUUUGCUUUACUUUCUUGGGUUUAGUGGAUGUCGCCAAGCUGUUUAUGCGUUUCUGUGAUGCCAUCCCAGCAGCUUUCCGUCACAGAGCCAACAACAGAGACCUUUAAACUCGAGAACACAUACAGGAAAUGACGGCCUUGGUAACACACCUCGGUACUGGACCGCUCUGCGUUGCCUCUGUUAUUCUCCAGAGUUACAGCAAGACCCUCUAAUGUCAGUCCCAGUCAAAAAGUCACACUGGCACCAGGCUGGCUUGCGUUAUAAAAGAUAAUUGCAGUGUUUUGCCCCGUACUGGGUUCAUGCUCGACACAGGGGAUUAUUAAAGUGUUAAUACAAUGCCACUAGACAUUUGUCAGAGGGAGAGAUCUUUCACUACCUGUUCUGCCUCUUAUGGCUCCAUGUGUCUGCUCUGGCUCAAUGCUGAAACACUGUAAACUGUUGAUUCACACCAUUGAAAAAAGCACAAGUCAUCACUCUGUAAGUGCAGAAAGUUGCCCAACUUUGCCUUUAA